AGGAAAAGGGAAAGUCAAUGGCGCCUCUCGCUUCGGUCUUGUCCCUCUGCCCCAACGCUCACGCCCUCCGCUGAAUCCAAAUCUAACCAUGAACUUUGUCCUCAUCGUCUUCCCAUCAAACCCUACUCUACUCCCCAUUUAACCAGUCAACUCCAUUCUCCCAUCUCAGUCCUCCUCCUCGUUUAGCACCUACCUCUCUCUCUCUCUCUCUCUCUCUGUCCCUGUACAUACAAUAUAUACAAACCCACGCACCCUUCGUCUUUGAUCGUCUCGUUUCGCAUCAGGAUCCAGUCAAUAAUGGGCGGAGGAGGGGACGGCGACGGUGGUGGCGGCGCGGCCGAGGCGCAGUACGUCAAGGCGAAGACGUCGGUGUGGUGGGACAUCGAGAACUGUCAGGUCCCCAAAGGGUGCGAUGCUCACGCGAUUGCCCAGAACAUAAGCUCCGCCCUCGCCAAGCUCAAUUACAGUGGCCCGGUAUCGAUCUCGGCCUAUGGAGAUACCACCCGUAUUCCUUCCUCUAUCCAGCAAGCUCUCUCUAGUACCGGAAUCGCUCUUAAUCACGUCCCUGCAGGUGUUAAGGAUGCAAGCGACAAGAAGAUUCUGGUGGACAUGUUAUUCUGGGCCGUGGACAAUCCGGCACCUGCUAAUUAUUUGUUGAUUUCUGGAGACCGGGACUUCUCCAAUGCACUUCAUCAGUUGCGCAUGAGACGAUAUAACAUUCUUCUAGCACAGCCACAGAAAGCAUCUGCACCGUUAAUUGCAGCUGCAAAGAGCGUAUGGCUCUGGACCAGUCUCUCGGCUGGGGGAUCACCCUUGUCGAGUUCUGAAUCGCAGCACCUCGGUGGCAUCAGUCAUAUUUCUAGCUCUGAGACAUUACAGGUUCCUGUUUCUAGUGUAUCCCAAACAUAUCACUUAGGGGAUUUCGUUGCUGAAAGCCCCCAUUUUCAUUCAGGAAAUCAGAACUUCAAUCCUGGGAGGGGUAUUGACCCUAGCAUGCAUGAAGGGAGAAAAAAUCCGGUUCGUCCUGCCGUGAGACCCAUGGGCCCACCUCCACCAUUUGGGAUUCAUGGAGAUCAAAACAGUUUGAACUCAUAUCAACAAGGUCCAUAUAUUGCCGGCGUUCCCUCUGGUGGACCACCUAACGCUGCUAAUGAUCCUUUUAGGAACAAUGGUAACAUUCAAGGCAACUAUCAAACUCAUCAUACACGGCGAGUAAGGCCCAAUAACUUUGCUGCGCAACCUCCGUUUAAUCAGGGGAACAUGUAUCCACCGAACAAUCACUUCGGUGCCUCUCCUCUAGUGCCACCUAGGCCCGAUAGGGCCAACUUUUCUCAAGGACCCCCUGAUAUUAGCAGGUUGAACGUUGGUGCUCAUGCUAGCAGAGUUCAAAGCCCUCCCAACUUUCAGCAGCAAAGUUCAAACCCAAAGCAGACAUCUGCUAGUGAGACUACGAAGCGCCGGAACAAAGGGUUACAAAAUGGAGGUAUGAACCACAACAUAAUGCAGACCAACCAUGAUGGAUCGAACAAAAGAUACCAUAAUGGUCCAGAUCGAGCUGCUAUGUCCUCUGGCAUGGAUACUUCCGAUGUUCCUCCAAAUGGUAUUUGGGGGACUCCAGGACACCCAAAACCUUCGGGGUAUGUCCAAGGUCUUAUAGGAGUUAUCUUACUCGCCUUGGACACCCUAAAGAAUGAGAAGAUUAUGCCAACUGAAGCAAAUAUAGUGGACUGUAUUCAAUGUGGAGAUCCCAAACAUUGGAACACUGAUGUAAAAGAGGCCCUAGAGAGUGGCAUCAAACAGCAAAUGAUAGUGAAGCAGAACUUAAGUGGUUCUGUGCAGUUUUACGUUGGUAAAAAUAUGAAGCUGUGGAAGUGUGUGAAUCCACUAGGGGGUAAUCCAAGCCAUUAUCCCAAGAAAACAUGGGCGGAGAUACAAAAAUUCUUAGCAUCCUCUGAAGGAAAAUCUGCAAUAAUGUCUUCUCGGUGCAGGUAUGAAGCAGGUAUGAUUAUGAAGCAAAUGUGCUUGAAAGAUUUUGCUCUGGGUGACGUACUCCAGAUUUUAAACCUGUUAAUCACCGUAAGGAAAUGGAUAGCGCCUCAUCAAUCAGGAUGGCAACCGAUUAAAAUUACUCUUCCAGAUACAAAUAGCACCGUUUCAUCAGUAAAAAGUGAUGAUGAUGGCUCUUCAUGGGAAGAGGGCAAGCUCUGAGGACAUUGGUAGUAUGAAGCUGUUGAUGGGUGAUAGCCCCCUUGCCACUUGGACAAAAUUUCCAAAGGAGUUGCCCCUUUAAAUUUAUGCCGCAUAAUUUUAUACUAACUAAAUCCGACCUCUGCCAUCAUCUCAGGAGGUUCUCCUUGCAAUGUGGUUUGCAUGCAGGGAGAGCUGGGAGUCCAAUCAAUGUAAUAGAACUCAUUUGCAGGUAACUUAUCAUGUUGUUUCUGAUUGACGGCGGGUGAUUUUAUGGGAGAGAACUGAUAGAGUAGUUUGUGCACUUAAGCAGCCUCAACAGCCUAUGCCCUCAGUUUGCCACUGCUCUGGGGAUCUAUGUUUUGCUGUUGUCAUCUCCAAAGGCCAUGGAUGAUGGCACAUGCCAAACUCCAUUGGGAGUUGCUUGCUGGAGUGAAAGCAUGGGUUAAUUGUUUGCCGGAGUUGAGAAUGAACCUUCUGAAGCUAUCCAAUUUACUAAGCAUUGGAUCGACGCUCUUAGAUGCGAGGCUCACUCAUUGUAGCAAAGGUGAAGACCGUCAAAACAGGGCCAUCGAAUGCAGCAAUGAAGAGAGAAUACGGAUAUUGAAGGAUUUACAUCUAGUAAACUGCUGAUUGUUUGCUGUGUAUUAUCAUCUCAUGGUUCUCUGGUAAUUAUAAAGAUCAAAGAGAGCUGCCAAUCCAAAUCACUGUUGGUCUAUUUCCAUUCCCUAGGGUUCUACAAACAAACUACACGAGAAGUGAGCGAUGAGAGGGAGCAUUGUGCAUUUGGUACCAAGCAAAGUUCCAAAGUUUGGUUGCUUGUUAUUUGUAUGCAGUGUGGAGGCUUCUCUGUGCUCUUAACUAAUCUUGUGAAGGCUGUUAUAUUGUGAUAUUUGUCAAAUUUCCGGCGAAGGUGGUUGUAUUGUGAUAUUUGUAGAUUUUGUGGGCUCAGUUAUGGCUGUGGAUGUUGAAUCAGUAGACUACUUUCGUCAAUGAUGUACCACUAUAAUCGGUUUGUGUCAUGCUUUGUAGCUAUAUCAUGAUUUACAUAGUUACUUUCUAA